GCUCUUGAUAUAGCUAACCUGUCCAGCUCAAGCGGCCUCCAAGCCGGAUCACUUGCACCCGAGGCGCUGUUCAUCUUCCAGGCCAGAAGAAGGACAAGCUCAUGUGCGGGCCUUCGCUUCUGCCAUGGCUUACAGACACUUUCCCAACGUCGUCGCAACUCUCCGAAGCUAUCCUUUAACGUGCCCUCGCGUCGGAAUUCAGUCAGUGAAACCCCCGAAGUCGGUUCGCCGAUCUAUGGUCACCGGCCUCCGGGCGCUAAUGCCGGUCGCCGGCUUCGGGUGGGAUGAUGCCCUCCGAGCAGCCGAGCGUGACGAUGACGAUCUCUCCGAUCUCCGAGGAUACUUCCAGAGAGUUCGGACUUGCAAUCGUGGAUCCGAAUUGCAGACUCAGUUCGUUCCGUUUCUUGUGGAGGAUGAAGUUGUUGGUUACAUACACGAAGGCUUUAUCAACCAUCUUAUAAAGUUUCAAGACGUCUUUACCUUUAUGUCGGAUAAAGAUAGCAGUGCUGUUGGUGCUCAUGUUAAACUUCAUUCAUCACUCAAGACAUCGGAGGAUCGAACAAGUGCUGUUGGGGACAUCAUUAAAUGUUUAGGAGACCUUAUUCCUGGUAUUCGUAACGAGCUAUAUCCGGUAACAUCAUCAUUUGGCAAGCAAAUACUCUUCUCUCUUGAACGUGCUGCUGCUCCCUAUUUCGGCAUAAAGGCUUAUGGAGUUCAUAUAAAUGGAUAUGUAGGCAAGAGUGGGCAGAAAUUUCUUUGGGUAGCGAAGAGAAGUGAUUUCAAGCCUACCUAUCCAGGAAGGCUUGAUCACCUCGUAGCUGGAGGCUUGCCAUUUGGGAUCACGUGCAAAGAAAAUCUUGUGAAAGAAUGUGAGGAGGAAGCUGGCAUUCCAAGGUUUAUCGCUGAAAAAGCUAUCUCAGUUGGAGCAGUAUCCUACAUGGACAUUGAAGGGUACAGAUUUAAGAGAGAUGUUCUUUUCUGCUAUGAUCUGGAGCUCUCGUCUGAUUUUGUUCCUAAGAAUGAAGAUGGUGAGGUUGAUAGCUUCAAACUGAUUCCAGUAGUUCAUGUUGCAAACAUUGUUCGAAGAACCGAGUUCUUUAAGCCAAACUGUUCACUCGUCAUUAUGGAUUUUCUGUUCAGACAUGGGUUUGUUAGUCCUCAGGACUUCGGUUACUUAUCGCUGUUGCAUAGCUUAAGGAGUGGAAAUUGCUCUUGAACCUAUUAAGGAUCAACGGUCGAAUCCAGUUCAUCAGAAUUUUAAAAUUUAUUUUCAGCCAGUAUUAUACAUCUGAGCUUCAAGCAAAUCUCAACUUUAUUUAUACUUGAACUUUGCCGAGUGGCCGAUACUUGGAAGGACUAUUGCUAAUGAUGUUGAAGUUUAAACUCUAGUGGCCUUAUAGUUUAAAGUUUCAUUUGGGGCGAUUUUUUUA